AUGCAGCAUCAAGGCAAUAACAAAAUUAGUCUAAUUGUCAAUAAUCAUAUCUAACAAUUCGAAAUUAAGGCUACUCUUCCCUUUUCAAACCGCUCCAACUUCAAGCCUCCUCUCUACAGAGGUAACGCACAUUUACUGGUGGCAAAUGGAAAGAAAAAUCAUUCUUUAUCUAUCCACCACCCUCAUCAUUUCCACCUGAAUAAUAAUGGAAAUCAUCUAAAAGUGAUUCCCACAACAAACAAAAAACCUAAAAACUUGAACAGCAACAAUAACAACAGUAUAAAUAACAUUAGCAUAAAUCACUCAAAUUCGAAUAGUAUUAAUCUUUAGAGCAACAUUCCAAAUUCUUUUCAUCGACCGUAGAGUCCUGUAGUGCUUAAUAUAUCCAGCGAUCGACAUAACUUGUAUUAAUAAUAGUAGUAGCAGUAUUCUUUUUAACAUUAAGCACACAAUUAAAUACACAAUAACAGCAAUAACAAUAAUAAUAAUAACAAUAAUAAUACUAAUAACAAUUGUAAUAAUGUGGGUCUUGGGGGUAAUUUUGGAUAGCUAGGCUUUAUGAGAGACAGACCUCAGAGAAAGAAUCGCCAUAACUCAAUUAAAUUGAUAAAAUAAAAGGCAGAACAUAGUGUCUCAUCAAAGUAGAUUAGCUCUAUAAACAUUUUAUAGUCUCAUAAUCCGAAUUACUAAAAGCACAAUAUAAUUCCAUCUUUGAUCGAAUCUCCUAUCACAAAAAGUAGUCACAAUCACAACAACCACAGUAACAUAAAUGGAAACUUUUCAAGUAACGACCACACUUCUGAUUUAGAUAAAGCAAACAAUAGCAGCAACACGAACAACGGAACAAUUUCAAACAUCAAUAUCAGCAAUAUUCAAAUAAUGAAUAAUAGCAGUUCAAAUAACAACACUAAUUCGAAUCAAAAUGGAAAUAGUUCUAGCCAAAAUUAUAAUAACAGCAAUAACCAAAACCAGAACAAUAGCAUUUCGUCUUCAUUUUAAAAUAUUGGAGGCCAUCAGAAUAAUUUCCCCAUUUCUACAGAAUCGAACAGAAACAGUAUAAAUAAUUUGAGUAGUAUAAAUAAUAAUAACAAUAUUAAUAAUAGCUGUAGUAAUACAAAUCAUAACAACAAGAGUAAUCUCUCGUCUUACAAACGCUAAGAGAAGAAAUAUCGAAUCUCAAAAACUCAAAUAUUAUUUCCUUUUAAUUCUAAAGAAAAUAUUUGUGACCCAGAGAGCUAAAACGCAGCUCAGAAUUCUUCCUCCAAAAACAACACCAGUAAUGCUUGCAAUUAAAAUCAAAGCAACCAUAACAGUAGCUAAAAAAUUAACAAUAUCAAUAACUCCCAUUAUGGCAGUAAUAGUAAUAAUCUACAUGCAUUGAAACUCAUAUCACAUAACCCUAAAAUUGUUAACAAUCAGAAUUUCGAGGAAGACGUCAUUCUCUUCAAUAAAGCUAUAUCUUAACCCACAGAAGUGUUGCGCGAGCAGAUGGCUCUAGGAACGCCUCCUCAGCUUGCAGCCUAUACAACUUCUGCAACCACUGAUACUAUUCACAGACAGUCAUUCCGCAUUAAGCAUUACAAUUUAUCAUCGAGACAAUCUUCGAGAGGAGGUUUAAAGAGCACACAGACUAGUGAUCCAAUAUCUUCUCUCCAAACUCACAACAAUAUAGGAGAAUCUAUUAGCUAAAGCAACACUAACAAUAACACUAAUUAAUUAUAUUAUGUAAAUAAAUAAACACUUGCAAAACUAUCUCAUCAGGAGCUUGGCGAUUUGUCUCCAUGUAAUAAACACUAAAAUCCACCAUAAUAUCACUAUCACCACAAUAACUUUAACCAAAACAAUUUUCCUUACAACUAUAAUUUCAAUUAAAAAAGUAGUAGCAACAUUAACAGUAGCAACAAUAAUAUUAAUAAUGCACAUUUAAAUUAUGGAAGCAACCAUGUUAACAAUUAGCAGGGAAGAAUUUUAAGCUCAAGAAGCGCAAAUAAAAUCAGCCAAAACAUGAUUAAAAAGAUAAUUAGAUAGCCAUCUACUCACAUUUAGUCAGAAGAAGGAAAUAGCAUAAUCCGCAGAGGCAAUAUUUAAAAUAAUAAAUUAAAUUAGCAAGUAAAUGCUAUCGUGAGAAAGAACUCUUACUGGCAAAAUCAAAGAGAGUAGCUAGAAAGAAAGAAAAAGAAAGAAAAGUCUAUGAUAUCUUCAAACAACGAUGUUACUGAAACUCAUCACACAAUUAUAGCAGCUUAGUAGAAUUAGCAAACAGAGCCUUUCUCAAUCGAUGACUAAGAAGAAGAAAACAAAAAUUAGCACCUACUUUUUAAGUUUCCUUCUAAGGAUGAGAAGUAGUUUUUUAUUUAGCAUGAUAAAAAUAUUGAUUAAGCUAACAUUAAUAGAAGAGAUAAUUCUCCUAAGCUAUGUUUAAAUAUAUCCAAUAACAAUAACCUAAAUACCAUAAACACAAAUAAUCCUAAAUCUUCAAAACGUACUUCAAUAGGUAGAAUUAGUUAAAAGCAAUAGCAGCUUUUAGCUCAUUAACCUGUGCAUUAGGUAUAAGUCUAAUAGAAUAUUAAUUAAUAACAUUAGCAAUAAUAGCAGCAAUAAUUAUAGCAAAUUUAGCAGAUUUAAAACAAAUUUCCACAAUUUAAUCUUUAAUCUCAACUUUAAAGCAAUGGCUAAAAUAUUUUAAACAGCAUUAACUAGAAUAACAACUUAUUUAGUCUGAAUUAAAUGAGCACGCUGCUAAACAUAAAAACCCUUAGCAUAAAAAAAGCAAUAAGCAAUGAUUACUCAAACAGACAUGAUGAUAUUAUGAUAACUGGAACGAAUCCAUUUCAUGACGUUGAGCUAAGAGAACUUCUUGGUGAAGGAGCAUACGGAAAAGUCUAUAAGGGCUUCAUUAAAAAAACAGGAAAAUUUAUUGCAGUUAAAUAGCUGAAAUUAGGAUUGAAAGACAAUAAUAAGCUUUAAGAAAAGUUAGAAUAGUAUCUCUAAGAGAUAGCACUUUUAAAUCACUUAGAGCAUCCAAAUAUUGUCAAGUAUUAUGAUUGCAAGCACGAAGAGGAUAACAUACUUAUUUAUAUGGAACAAAUGCCUGGAGGUUCACUAUCUUCUAUGCUUGAAAAAUUUGGUAGAUUUGAAGAAGCUCUAAUUAAAAAGUUUGUCAAAUAGAUCAUUUCAGGACUUGCAUAUCUCCAUUCUCAAGGAAUAGUCCACAGAGAUAUCAAAGGAGCAAAUAUAUUAACUGAUGGAAAUGGCACAGUAAAGUUAGCAGAUUUUGGCGCUGCACGUUAUAGAGAUACAAUUUGCUUGCCAACAGCUGAUGGAUCAGAAUUUUGUAAUUCUAUUAAAGGAUCAUUAUAUUGGAUGGCUCCUGAACUCUUAAAUCAAGAAUCCCAUGGAAGAAAAAGUGAUAUUUGGAGUCUUGGAUGCACCAUGAUCGAGAUGGCUACUGGAAAACAUCCAUGGCCAGAUUGUAGAACUUUCCCUCAAUUAGCUCUAAUAGUAAAAACUAAUUAAUGUCCUCCUAUUCCUGAACACUUGUCAGAUGAAUGUAAGGAUUUUAUAAGGUAAUGUUGUACAUUUGACAAAAAAGAAAGACCAACGGCUGAUGUAUUAUUAAAGCAUCCUUUCUUAAAUGGCGAUUGA